GGCACGUGGUUCAAUAUGGCGGCGCCCCGGGGAAACACGGAGGGAGAUUCGAGCAGCAGCGAAGACGAAACGCUUAAAAGAUGUCGGGAGGCAGUUUGGGAAACACCAGCGAACAGCAGGAAAGAUGGAGACACUGGUGUAAACAAGUCUAAACGUGUUGCUGUGGCUGACCAUGAGCAUGAUGGCAACGCGCUCCAGGUCACCAGGGGGUUUCAAACACAUGUGGCUCAAAAGCUGGAACAUUUUCUCGACAGUUGUAUUUCAGAGACGCAGCUUGAGACCUCACAUGGUUUAGAAUCAACAAACUCUGCUCAGGAYAAUCAGGAGGAAGGAUUUCGUCUGUUCUCUACAUCUGUCCCGGUACAGAAAGCUGAUCRUCCCCCAGCACCCGCGAGGCGUCGGCCUGCUCCCAGCUCAAGUGACAGCGAMAGUGAGAUGGAAUCGAGGGUGAAGGAGGCAGCGGUGUCCAUAAAAGAUCUGUUGSCCUCAUCGACACUCCCCUCUAAGUCGACACCUUCGUCAACAGAGACCCCCGGCUCCGACAGAAAGCAGAAGAAGAACAAAGUCGAAGGAGAGAGUCGGAUUAUCAGGAACAAGAAGAAACAGAAUGAUGAAGAGAGCGAGCGGCUGGACUCUGCAGGACCGGACCCGGAUCAAAGCAGCGGCGAGCGCAGGACCUCUGAGCARGAGCACGUCAAAGUCAAACGGAAAAAGAAAAAGAAGCAAAAAAGAAACUCCGAGGAAGAAACUGUGAGCUGAGUUUUCAUAACUAACAUUUAUAKUUUCAGAGCUUUUGUUUCAGUCUUCUAUGCUGUGUUGAAGUAAGUGCAUGUUUUGGCAUUUUUCCAAAUAUUUGGAAAAUAAAAGGAGGAGCUCACUUUGUGAAUUUAAAAAUAACUUUACAYACAUUGUUCAGAGUUAUUUCAGUCACAUUUUCAUGGAAAGCGUUUUAAGACGGCAUACUCAAAACAAAUGCACGUGGCAUACAAUUUUCAAAUUUCUCCUCAAGUUAUAAUUUUUGACUAUUACAAAACAUUUUAAUAAAAAGAAGCGUGUUUUGGU